AUGUCUGACGCAGCAACAAUACGAAGACGUGGUUUUACCCCUCCAAACUUUAACAUGGAACUCUUUCAACCGUUAGCGCCAAUCACAACCACGGAACCAACUACACAUGAUAUUAAUUUUGUUUUAUCAUACACAGAUUUAGCCCCUGAUGGCUAUACACGAAAAGUUUGGACAGUAAAUGAUCCGACUACAAUCCAUUGGCACGGAAUAUUCCAAAUUGGAUCUAAUUGGUAUGACGGAGUUGGAGGUCAGACACAAUGUCCCAUUUUAUCCGGAGCAUCGUUAGUUUAUGAUUUCACGGUUGGAGAUCAAGUCGGAACAUAUUGGUGGCAUUCGCAUUAUCUCGCUCAAUAUGUUGAUGGUGUACGUGGACCCUUUAUUAUUAAUGAUCCGUCAGAUCCUUAUUUAUCUUCCUAUGAUUUUGAAUAUGUCCUUACUGUGGAGGAUUGGUAUCAUUCACCAUCAGCCGACUUGGUUGCAAUGCGAUUGUCACCAGGUUAUCAAGGAUUCAAUCCUAUACCAGACGCUGGUCUUAUCACUGGGAGAGGUCAAUAUAAUUGUUCUGCAGCUUUGGAUGGAUCGAAAUGUGAUUCUAAUAAUAUGCCAGCGAUUUAUGGUGUAAAAAAGGGUAAAAGAUAUCGAUUUCGUAUAAUUAACAUGAGUGCUGAAGCCUUUUUCUGGUUUUCUAUCGAUGAACAUAUGUUACAAAUCAUUGAAGUUGAUGGUGUUAGUGUAAAAGCAAUAAAUGUUACCGUUUUACCGAUUCAUAUUGGACAACGUUUCUCUAUUAUCGUUGAAGCAUCUCAAGAAGUUGGGAAUUAUUGGAUACGUGCAGACAUACCACAAGAUUGUAUAAUGAAUUCACCAACAACGAUAAAUACACAUUCAGCACUUUAUGAUAAUAUGAAUAUAACAGGAAUCUUACAAUAUGAAGGAGCUCCCAAUGAUACUUUUCCAAAAUCCAAAAAAGUCGAUGAUGAAUGGUCUAAGAAUCUAUUUCCAUGCCGUGAUCUUGAUGUUGACUUAAUAAAACCAUUCAUGGAAGUAGCUCCACCUAAAAACAUUACAGAUCAAAUUAAUAUUUCUGUAACGCUUCAUCCUGACGAUAAAAAUACCACCAAAGCUUAUAUUAAUGGUCAAUCUUGGGUUCCUGAUAUAACAAAUCCUUCGAUUAUGAAAAUUAUGGCCGAAAAUAUUAGUGCAACAGCAUUUCCUAUUAAUGCUAAUGCAUAUGGGUAUGAUACUGAAGGUGGUGCUGUGGAAAUUGUUAUAUUCAGAAUAAGUAGUGCUGAGAAAUAUCCUGUCACUAGUAAAUAUAACUUGGUCGAUCCUCCUCUUCGUGACACACUUACUGUUCCUGGCAAUGGAUGGGCUGUAAUCCGUUAUAUUAUCAAUAACCCUGGUGUUUGGGCUUUUCAUUGUCACAUAGAGUGGCACGUUGAACUGGGGAUGGUAUUUCAAUUGAUCGAACAGCAAGAAAAAAUCAAACAACUCAAACUACCGGAUUCUGUUGCGGGAUUAUGUAAAGCAGGUUAUCAAAAUACUAGGCGAAUUGCACAUUCGUCCCCUGAUGAAGAUGUAACGAUAACUGGUGGAGGAUAUGUAAUUCAUCAUAGUUCUAAAAAAUCAUUAGUAUCAGUAAAAAAGAAGGGUUUACAAUUUGCUAAUAAGAAACGUUUUGGUAGUUUUGGUA